CUGUGCCGCAGACCGCCCCGCCCACGCGCUUCCGGGUGGAGGGAACUUUCUCCCGUCAGCCCCCGCGCGCGGGGCACCUCUGGCAGCGGCAAGAUGGCGGACAAGCCGGUUCCCCUGAAGAACACGCGACUGCUGGACGUGAAGCUGGGGCAGGUGCCGGCCUGGGUGGCAGCGCGGGACUACAGCCUUAGUGGGAUGGUGGGGGCCGUGCAGAGAGGUUAUGGCAGCUUCUGUAGUAAGUACAUCAAUGUGAAGAAGGGGGGAUUGACUGGUUUUACCAUGGUGCUUGCUGGCUACGUUCUCAUGAGCUACAUGGCAAACUACGACCACCUGAAGCAUGAGCGUUGGAGAAAGUAUCACUGAAACACAAGCCUGCUGAAGAAAGCCUGGUUGCAGUCCUGGACUCUGACUCAGCUACUAGAACAACUUCCUGAACGAAGGCAUUUAUGCUGUUUGCACCGAAUUCUGCACUGUUAUAAUUCCAGGCAGACUAUGACCAAUAAAAAAA